GCCAGAAUCAGACCAGCUGAGGCCCAGCAGCAGCCCGGCAGCCGCUCCCAGACACGGACAGACAGGACACACCCGCCAUGAGGCCCGUGACCGUCCUCGCCCUACUGGCCCUGGUCGCACUCUUCCUAGCUGGCGCAGCAGAUGCGAAGCCCAGCGGUGCGGAGUCCCGCAGAGGUGCAGUCUUCGUGUCCAAGCAGGAGGGCAGCGAGGUGGUGAGGAGGCUCCGGCGUUACCUGGACCCCUGGCUGGGAGCCCCAGCCCCCUACCCGGAUCCCCUGGAGCUCAAGAGGGAAGUCUGCGAGCUCAACCCCCACUGUGACGAGCUGGCUGACCACAUCGGCUUCCAGGACGCUUACCAGCGCUUCUAUGGCACGGUCUAGAGCAGGCAGCCCCGCUGGCCUGGCUGGCAGCGCCCCCACCCUGGCUCCCCUCCCCUCUCCCCGGCCCCCCUGCCCCGCAAGUGUGGGGUCCCCAUCAUCCCAGCUGCUCCAGAAUAAACUCCGGAAGAGGAA